GAGCUGCGCCGGGCCGCGAGUCUCUGCUCACUCGGGGCACCCGCAACAAGUGGCCGCUGCGCCCUCCCCGGGGAAGCCGCGGGCGCGCAGGGGCGCCGGGAGGAGGCGGCCGAGCCGGGGAGCCCCGGCCGCCCGCGCGGCUCAGCCCCACCGCAGAGGGAUCGGGGCGGGCGGAUGGGGACCCGGCGGCGGCGGCGCGGCGAGCCUCUAGGCGGCCCCGGGGCGCGGGCUCUCCGCCGCGCUGCGCCCGCUGGCCCGGAACGCGGAUUCUAAGAGCGGCGGCUGCCCCCGGCCCCACCCGGAGCCAUCGGGGGUGCCAGGCGGGGACGGAGCGCCCCCUCCCACCGGAGUGCAGGGGCCGCCCCCGGUCGGAGCCCGGCCCCGGAGCGUGGGGUAUGCGCAGCUAACGGUCCCGUCGGGCGGGCUUUCCUCUGGUGGAGCGCGCAGGCGGUGCGCCCCAGCUAUGGAGUGUCCGGGGAGACGACGGGCAUGACGGCGGCAGGAUGGGCGCGAACAAUGGCAAACAGUACGGCAGUGAGGGCAAAGGCAGCUCAAGCAUCUCAUCCGACGUGAGUUCAAGUACAGAUCACACGCCGACCCAAGCCCAGAAGAAUGUGGCUACCAGUGAAGACUCCGACCUGAGCAUGCGCACACUGAGCACGCCCAGCCCAGCCCUGAUAUGUCCGCCGAACCUGCCCGGAUUUCAGAAUGGAAGGGGCUCGUCCACCUCCUCGUCGUCCAUCACCGGGGAGACGGUGGCCAUGGUCCACUCGCCGCCCCCGACCCGCCUCACCCACCCGCUCAUCCGGCUGGCCUCCAGACCGCAGAAGGAGCAGGCCAGCAUCGAGCGCCUCCCGGACCAGUCCAUGGUGCAGAUCUUCUCCUUCCUGCCCACCAACCAGCUGUGCCGCUGCGCCCGCGUGUGCCGCCGCUGGUACAACCUGGCCUGGGACCCGCGGCUCUGGAGGACUAUCCGCCUGACGGGCGAGACCAUCAACGUGGACCGCGCCCUCAAGGUGCUGACCCGCAGACUCUGUCAGGACACGCCCAACGUCUGUCUCAUGCUGGAAACCGUAACUGUCAGUGGCUGCAGGCGGCUCACGGACCGAGGGCUUUACACCAUUGCCCAGUGCUGCCCCGAACUGAGGCGACUGGAGGUCUCGGGCUGUUACAAUAUCUCCAACGAGGCGGUCUUCGACGUGGUGUCCCUCUGCCCCAACCUGGAGCACCUGGACGUGUCAGAUUUCCAUCCGAUACCUGGACAUGACGGACUGCUUCGUGCUGGAGGACGAAGGGCUGCACACGAUCGCGGCGCACUGCACGCAGCUGACCCACCUGUACCUGCGCCGCUGCGUGCGCCUCACCGACGAGGGCCUGCGCUAUCUGAUGAUCUACUGCACCUCCAUCAAGGAGCUGAGCGUCAGCGACUGCCGCUUUGUCAGCGACUUCGGCCUGCGGGAGAUCGCCAAGCUGGAGGCGCGCCUGCGGUACCUCAGCAUCGCCCACUGCGGCCGGGUCACCGACGUGGGCAUCCGCUACGUGGCCAAGUACUGCAGCAAGCUGCGCUACCUCAACGCGAGGGGCUGCGAGGGCAUCACGGACCACGGCGUGGAGUACCUCGCCAAGAACUGCACCAAACUCAAGUCCCUGGACAUCGGCAAGUGCCCGCUGGUCUCCGACACGGGCCUCGAGUGCCUGGCCCUGAACUGCUUCAACCUCAAGCGGCUCAGCCUCAAGUCCUGCGAGAGCAUCACGGGCCAGGGCCUGCAGAUCGUGGCAGCCAACUGCUUCGACCUCCAGAUGCUCAACGUGCAGGACUGCGAGGUGUCCGUGGAGGCCCUGCGGUUCGUGAAGCGCCACUGCAAGCGCUGCGUCAUCGAGCACACCAACCCCGCCUUCUUCUGAAGGGGCCGCUCGGGCCGCCGCGCUGCACAGCCGCACGCGGACACGGCGGCGCGAUUCCUAAAAGCAGCAUCUGUAAGCGCCGACGCCCGCUCACCCGUAGCAGCCCUUGCUUCCUGGGAGGUUCUUAGGGAUCUGGCUUUUCUUUUUCCUUAGUGCUCGUGGGCAACAGGGGUCAAGGAAAGGAAGGGAGAGCGGGGGGAGGGCGGGGAGGUGGUGCAAGUUGCUGUGCCGGUAAACUGGUUUUUUGGGUCAGGUCAUCUGUAGGCAGUUUCUCUUUUCCCCAAAGAGGUACCUCAGAAAGCCGAUGGCAGUGUGUUUAAGAACGCCUCUUUCUCUGUCUCUGUGCUCCUGGCGGCAUCCCAGGCUUAUGCGCGCGCACACACCCUGUCCCAACCGCUCCCCCGUAGCCCCUCCCUGGCCACCAGCAACCACACAUCCAGGAUAAUGAUGCUCCCCAGACCUCCUCCUUUUUAAACCGCUUGAGUGGCCUAAGCCGCACUCGGCAAUCCCGCGCCCAAACAAAUUCUUAUUAAAUAAAUGUCCUAGCACGUGGUAUAUACAAAGCACUUCCAACCCUUUUCUAAAGAUUCACUUCGGGCAAGCAGCACUGUGCAGGAGGAGACCUGCAUUCUCCCCUCCCCGCCCCCAGCUCUGCCACAGACAUAGCUGUGUGACCUUGGGCAAGUCACUUGACAUCUCUGGGCUUCGGCUUCCCGCACUGAAUCAGAGGCCAUUCAGCUCGAUGAUCCGCUUCAUACCCAUUUAAGAAUUGAGAGGACAGAGAUUGUCCGUAAGGAGCAGCACCUUGGCCUACAGCAUAUGAGGCAUCUAUCUCUCCCAAGAGUAUUGGUUUUGUGGGUGCUUUCAGGAGAUUGGGAAGUGCCAGCAUGAAUGUCCCACAUGUCCUUCAACUCUGAUCUGAAUGUCACCCCAACCCUGUUUCUUUUUGGUGCGUGAGUCCUUCGGGCACCUACUCCUGCCCCACUAGGUGGAUGAUUCCUGUGACAGGCGCUUCCUGCACCACCCGACCCCACACCAUCUUACAGAGGCAGUGGAUUUCCCACUCAGAGCACAGCCCACCGCCCCAGUCAAGUGGAUCUUGCUGAGUGUUUUCAGAUAGGAAGAAAGGCCCUCAAAAGUUUUCAUUAACCGGGGAGGCCCAAGAUAGCACAUGUCUUCGAAGGGUGUGCUGUCCUUUCUUAGUGCACAUGUGGUAUGUAGCAGACACAUCUACAUCUGCCCUGCAGCUGGCAGGGGCAGACGUGUUGGUUCUUCUUCAUUCGGAUCACAUUUCCACUUUUCUCAUCUAUUUAUUUCUCUGUGCAGCCAGACUCCAUCGCGUGAAGCCUGUUGGGCUUAAGUCCUAAGUGAUUAGCGGCGCAGAUUGCCACCUCGUGUGCCUUCUCCCAUGGCUAUCUGCAUGUUCUCUGUCAGAGAGCACACAGCAGACUUUCAGGUGUUUAAAGACCAUUCACUCAAAAAUGUCAGGCAAAUGGAAGAAGGAGCACAUUGAUCACACUGAAGCGCUGGCCCGCUAACCAGGCCCUUGGAAUAGAACAUUAAAAUCCUUGCCAAGUAUGCAUUUUAAAUGGCCCUGUUUGGAUGGGAAUCCAUUUGCUAGCCUCACUUGCAUGAAAUCGGGAUGCCAGAAGAAAGUCCACUGCUCAUUUUCAUGAAAUUGAUUUGCCUUUUAUUAAUAAACACAUGACUUUUCCCACAUUGUUCUCUGGCCACACCUCUCCUUCAUCGCUCUUCAGUCAUCCACUGCUUUCUCAAAGGGUCCACCCAUCCAAACCCAGAACCUCUGUAUCUCCAAGCCAAGUAGGUGGAAUUGGUUGCAGAUCAAGCUCACACACAACUCGACAACUGCACUCCCACUGUAGGCUCCCUGCAUUUCUUUGUCUUAUGUCGGGAAGGAGGAGAUAGAGGGAGGUGGCCUUUGCCCAGGAGGUUUCUUUUCUUGCAUCAUAUGACCUAUGACCUCCUCCCCAGUCAACAUCGUCAACAAUUUAGUGCGCAAUCAUGACCUGUGUGCCACGGGGAAAAUGAAUUGCUUGGCUGGGGAGAGUGUCUAGUGAUAGUCACAGUGUUUAGAGCCAUGAAAGAGGCUGAAGGUAGCAUUCCCAUGCUCUGUGCCUUGUGACCACGUCUAACAUUUCAGGAGUUGAGAGUCACAAGGAUUGUCCCUAACCCUUGGCACCGGGGUCUUCCAAGUGUUUAAUUUUCAUACUUCCGUAAUGAGAAGAGAGAUCCAAAAUGGCGCCCUGAACCAGAGAAGGGGUGUCCCAUUACAAAUACCUUUAUCACCACCACUGGACCACAUCGCCUAAACUGUCUCCCACACAUGAGGCAAAGCUGACUUUCACACUCAUUGCCCAGCACAUGCUGCCUCUCCCAGUCUCUCCCUUUGCCCCAGUCUUCUCUUCAGCCACUCCGCUCACCCCUCUUGGGAUAUGAAUCCAUGGCGGCAGUCACUGGGGAAACAGCUCAGCAGAUUUUUAGAGACCAAGCAAAAGGCCUCACUAGGAAAUUUAUGUUUUAAAACAUUGCUUCCUUCCUGCCUCUGCGAAAUUGAAUGCUCAUUGUUUGUUUGUUUUUUUAUUUCUAAUGAUCAAUCACUGCGUGCUGUAUGACUCUAGAAAGCCUUAAUUUACUACCACCAAGAAAUAAAGCAAUAUGUUGGU